CGCGACAAGAAAGAAGUCUUUGCUGCUUUGACUGAAUGAGCUGCUUUUUCUUUAUUGGUGCAGAACCUGUACCCACCGGAUUGAUGGAGCUUGCACAGUGGGAUGUAGAGGUCACAGCUAUUGCUCAUUGCAGAUGCUUCAGUGAAUGCUCAUAUUUGACCCAAAGACCAGAGAGAGCCAGUGCGCACACACACACAUAAUAUAGCUGUGCUCCAGAUCCUCAAUGUGAGCCUGCUAUUCCAGGUGAAAAUUCGUCCAUGUCCGACCAGAAGGUUUCAAACAAAGAGCUACAUAAGGACUGCCAACGAUCUGCAAAUGCAUGAAAAAAUAGCAAGAGUUCAAAGACAUUAAAAUUUCAACGCCACAGCGAGAAUGAAAUGGCAGCGGCUUGCAAAACCACUGAACAAAAUAGUUGUAAUCACAUCUGGACAAGGAACCUUAAAAUGCACUCCCCAAAAUUUUGCUGUCACUGUGUUAAGAACCCACGCCUUGCCAUUCCAUGGAGCUUUGCAGUUCUGUUGAAGAAUGAAUAUUCAUUAAAGAAGGGUUGGAGAAAAGGGUUGAAUCAUAAGAGUUACGCAGGCCUGAGAGCAGUACCGCACCCUAAAAAUGGUGCUUUUGAAAAGAGGAUGGAAGAGACUAUGCACUCAGUAGCAGACAGUGUCUCAUUUAGGGACACUGAUAAGAUGUAAACUCAUACAGUCCAGAGCUCCUCUCAUAAGGGAAACAAGUCAUACUUUGAAGCCUCUUCAGAUACUCAAGGAGAGGAAGAUUGGCUUAUUAUAGAUCAGCUCCUCUAAACUAUUCCAAAGCGUAAGCUGCUCCUGAGCCCAGUGGAGCACCAACAGAUGCACAAUCCAAAGCACAGUCAGGUGAAAAAGAAGUGUGUAACAGAGAAUUCCAACGAUGUGAAAAGCCUUCACCAGCAACCCAUCUUCCAAGGAGGAGCCCAGAAAGACUAUUCUAACAGCACUCAGGAUGAGAGCUCUCCUGGCUUCUAUGACACUCAGAAUUAUGAAGAUACUGGAGUCCGAUUACCGAGCAUGCAGAGUUAUUACGCUUCACCUCUUUACUAUAGGAAAUUUCAUAGGUUUAACUGGACUGCUUACACUCACCACUCUCUCAUCUCAGGAACUGCUGAGAGUGAUUGUGUGGUAGAGCAACUUCACUGCAGAAGGACUAAUUUACAAGAACUAUUGUCUAAGCUCAGAAUUGUACUUAAAAAAAUAGACUGUUUUUAGACUGAAGUAAAAAUGUCUUUUUUGUUAAUAAAUUCUUUCUGGGUAGAUGUUUAAAUGCAUUCCAUUGAAUUGGUGUUGCAACAGAUAUUUGUCAAUAAAUAGAAAUGCUUGUCUUAUA